AUGUUCAGAUCUCUUAGCUCUCAGCAUCGGCCUCUGGCUCGACUUGGUGCUCUUCACCAGCACAAGCCCAAAGCUCUGUUAGCCAGCCGGUAUUUGAGUCUGUGGAACCCACCAAAAUUCAAGAAUGAGAAAAUGUUCGACUAUGCCAAGGGUUCCCCAGAACGAGCCCAGCUUACAGAAAGUAUCAAGAGGCUCAAGAGCUCGUUCCCUGUCAAGAUUCCCAUUCAAAUCAGCGGCGCAGAGAUCACCAGCAAGCAAAUUCUUAAGCAGCAAAACCCAUCAAACCACAAAGAAGUCGUGGCAGAAUAUGCAACCGCCACGCCUGAGCAUGUCAACGCAGCUAUAGACGCCGCUCUCAAGGCCAAGCCCGCUUGGGAAGCUCUGCCCUUUGAAGAUCGCGCAGCCAUUUUCCUUCGUGCAGCCGAGUUGGUAACUGGUAAAUAUCGCUCGGAUAUCGUUGCGGCAACCAUGCUUGGCAUGGGCAAAAAUAUAUGGCAAGCUGAGAUUGAUGCUCCAGCCGAGACAGCAGACUUCUUCCGUCAUUAUAUCGACGAGGCAUGGAAGCUGUAUGCUCAGCAACCGAAAGUACAGACGCCUGGUGUAUGGAACAAGAUGGAGUAUCGACCAUUGGAGGGCUUUGUAUAUGCAGUGUCCCCUUUUAACUUCACUGCUCUUGGUGCCACGCUUGUCGGACCAGCUGCUUUACUCGGGAACGUCGUGGUUUGGAAGCCUUCUGACUCAGCUAUACAUGCAAGUUGGCUUCUGUAUCAGAUCCUUCUUGAAGCCGGUCUUCCAAAGGACGUCAUUCAGUUCUUGCCAGGCGAGCCCAACGAGGUCACUGAUGCAGUCCUGAAGAGACCUGAGUUCGGCGCUCUGACCUUCAUCGGCUCGACCAAGGUCUUCAAGGGAUUGCAGAAGAAAAUUGGCAACGGUAUUGGGGACGAGAUCUACAACUCGUAUCCCCGGGUUGUCGGAGAGACCGGCGGCAAGAACUGGGGAAUUGUUCACCCAACUGCAGAUGUGAAGAGUGCUGCUCUCAACACAGUUAGAGCUGCUUUUGAGUACCAGGGACAGAAGUGCUCCGCCAACUCUCGUGUCUACGUCGCGGCGUCAGUGUGGCCUGAGUUCAAGAAACACCUUCAAGAGCAAGUGUCUGCUUUGAAGGUUGGAGACGUCGAGAACUACGAAAACUUCAUCAAUCCAGUCAUUCAUGAGGCCUCGUUCGAUAAGCUUAACAAGAUUAUCGAGGAUGCUAAGGAUGACAAGGAACUGGAACUUGUCGUCGGUGGCAAGGCGUCUAAGGACAAAGGCUACUACGUUUACCCAACAGUCUAUCGGACAACCAACCCUCGUCACGAAAUCAUGACACAAGAGCUUUUCGGCCCUAUCCUCGGCAUCUAUGUCUUUCCUGACAAUGAGUGGGAAGAAACCUUGACUCUUCUUGAUACUACAUCCAGAUACGCUCUGACAGGUAGUAUUUUUGCCAAAGACCCAUACGUGCUACGCGAGGCUCAAAAUGCUUUGAAGCACGCUGCUGGCAUGCUGUAUCUGAACACUAAGUGUACUGGUGCGGUGGUGGCUCAACAGCCUUUUGGAGGUUCUCGUGACUCGGGCACUAAUGAUAAGACUGGAACUAUGGCCCAUUUGCAGAGGUUCGUGAGCACGAGGACGAUCAAAGAGGAGUUUGUGCCGUUAGAGAAAGUUCUAUACCCCUCUAAUGAGUAA